ACGGCAGCACUGAGUAGGUGAACAGCAGCAGCAGCAGCAGCUGCAAGGAGAGCCAUAAAACAGUGGACUGGAGGGAGAUAAGCAGCUGAGAUGCGGUGCAUAUUUUCACACUGCUUUUUAUCACAUUUUUAUCGUUUUGCACAAACCGAGACAGUCCCAAAAUAGUCUGGACACUAACAGAGCACGCGCACACACAUAUACACACACACACACUGCCUGCAACCAGACUGACUGACUGACUGCCAGCCUGACUAACUGACUGGUGCUGGGCAUGACAUGCACAUAACCCGUCAUUUUCAUGGGGCUCCUACGGAUCAUGAUGCCGCCCAAGUUUCAGCUCCUGGCAGUGCUGGCUUUCGGAGUGGCCGUGCUCUUCAUCGAGAACCAGAUCAGGAAGCUGGAGGAGUCUCGAGAGAAGCUGGAGCGCACCAUCGCCAGGCAUGAGGUGCGGGAGGUGGAGCAGAGGCAGACUCGUGAUGUGGUCCGGGACUGGCCAGCACUGCCUGAGAGUGAUGAUCUGGUCAUCAUCUACAACCGCGUGCCCAAAACCGCCAGCACCUCCUUCACCAACAUCGCCUACGACCUCUGCGGCAAGAACCGCUUCCACGUCCUGCACAUCAACACCACCAAGAACAACCCCGUCAUGUCCCUGCAGGACCAGGUAAGGUUUGUGAAGAAUGUGACGUCCUGGAAAGAGAUGAAACCAGGCUUCUACCACGGCCAUGUGGCCUAUCUGGACUUCACUAAGUUUGGUGUGAGGGGGAAGCCCAUCUAUAUUAAUGUGGUGCGUGACCCUAUUGAGCGGCUAGUGUCUUAUUACUACUUCCUGCGCUUUGGAGACGACUACAGGCCCGGCCUGAGACGGAGAAAGCAGGGGGACAAAAAGACGUUUGAUGAGUGUGUAUCGUCAGGAGGAUCUGACUGCGCUCCUGAGAAACUCUGGCUGCAGAUCCCGUUUUUCUGCGGCCAUUAUUCCGAGUGCUGGAACGUGGGCAGUCGCUGGGCUCUGGAGCAGGCUAAGUAUAACCUGGUGAAUGAGUAUCUGCUGGUGGGCGUGACGGAGGAGCUGGAGGAUUUUAUAAUGAUGCUGGAGGCGGCGCUGCCACGCUUCUUCAGAGGAGCUACUGAACUCUACCGCACAGGUAAGAAGUCCCACCUGAGGAAGACGAGUGAGAAGAAGCCUCCCACUAAAGAGUCCACCACUAAGCUGCAGCAGUCGGACAUAUGGAAGAUGGAGAACGAGUUUUACGAGUUCGCUCUGGAGCAGUUCCAGUUCGUGCGAGCUCACGGGGUCAGAGAGAAGGACGGAGAGCUGUACGUACUCGCUCAGAACUUCUUCUACGAGAAGAUUUACCCAAAGGUCAACUAAAAAAGAGCUCACACACUUUAACACAAACAUGAACACACACGGACAACUGAAGAGCAGCUUCCGGGGGCGUGGCCAUCACUCUGUCACCUCUGGAUGACUGUAAACGUGUGGAUGUGCAGCUGUGGCAGGAGAGAGGCUGGCUGAUCUGUGUGAGCCAGUGGCUACCUGCUGUAUAUACACUGGUUAGAACUAAAAAGAGAGAGAGAAAGGUUUUUACUGAGAACAUGUGUCCCAUCAUUUAUGGCAACUACAGGAACUCUACUACAGGAGGAAUUUUCAGCUCACACUCUGUCCAAACACUUUCUUAUUUUAUUCUGAUACAACAGUUAAACAAAAUAAAAGUAUUAAAAUUGCA